AUGGGCUACAUUACAACUGAAUCACCAUUGAGUAAGACGAAAACAGCUUUCAAACCAUUUCCUUUUUUCUACCCGUUUUCUCAAUCGACAUCCGGUGAUCUGUCAAACAUGGCAACCUCUCGGUUGGAAAUAAAUUUCAUUAGGCUGUUGUCCCGCUGUGAAUCCAUCGCCUUGGAGAAACGUGGAGAAACCGAGUGGAGGCUUGAAAAGUAUGUGGGUGCACUGGAAGAUAUGUUGGUUGGGUUGAAGAGGAGUUCAAGUAAACCUGCACCAGAGGUGUUGACAGACUACAGUCGGAAAGUGGAUUUUCUGAAGGGGUUGUUAGAGGCAGAGAAACUGUCAUCCCCAACAGAGAAGGCUGUAGCCAAUGAGCUCCUGGCUCCUGGCCGGACACCCACCAUAGCCAAUGAGAAGACACCAGUCAGCAAGACGGUCCAUGUGCAGAGAAAGGCGCGGUUCACUGGGGAAAUGAAGAAUGAGCUGAUGGGAGCUGGGUCAUCAAAAGCAGGAUCUGCAGAAAGGCUUGACUUGAGGAAGAGAAAGGGCCUGCUGCUGGACGAGAGGCAGUCGGUGGCAGAGCUGGACGCUGUGCUCCAGCAGCACCACCUCCUCCAGGAGAAGCUGGCCGAGGACAUGCUGAACCUCGCCCGCAACCUCAAGAACAACUCGCUGGCCACACAGGGAAUCAUCAGGCAGGACAACCAGACCCUCAACCACUCCAUGAGGCAGGCGGACACCAAUUUCGAGAAGCUGAAGACGGAGGCCGACCGCCUGGAGCAGCACGCCAAGAAGUCGGUCAACUGGUUCCUCUGGCUGAUGCUGAUCUUGGUCUGCUUCAUCUUCAUCAGCACCAUCCUCUUCAUCAGGCUGUUCCCCAGACUCAGAUGAUAAAGCGGACCCCCCUGCCAGGCCCCUGCGUUGCGGGUCGCUCCUGCCCCGGGAAUGGAGCGAAGGAGGCCGUGGGCGGGACCAGAAAUGAGUAAUGACCUCAAUCUUGAUCCGUGCGCUGCCUGGGAGCAGAGACGGCGCAGCGGCUUGACUCUGUGAUUAGGAUUUAGGUCUGAUUGAUUGACUCAUAGCAUCAGUAAUCGCAUUUCCCCGUCUGCGCGUUUGACGAGCAGGAACCUGACAGGUCAGCUGCACAGCUGGACCUCGACUCUCGAAGACAUCUGGACGUCUGAUUGGAUCGUUUGCGUUUGGCCAACAUUCCUUAGAUAAUUCUCCAUAGAUAACUCUUAACUCCACGUUUCCAUUCUUGUGUGUAAGGUCACCAGUGUAUGUGGAUUUGUCAUGUGAAUUGCUGCUCUUGCUGAGCAUACAUUAUUGGUUUGUUUGAGCUUGGUUAAGCCCUAGUGGCCUCUCUUGAAGGUUGGCAUUGAUGGCAAGUCGGUGAAUGACCCAGGGUCUCAACAUUGCAGGCUAUUUAUAGACCCCUGACUUGUUCUUUUAGCUUGUGUUGCGAUAGACUUCUACAAUGACUUGUUUUUUGUGCAGUUGUCUGGUCCUUUGAUGGUCACUGGUGGAGCCGAGUUGUUGAAGAAGGCAGUGGUUUUUGCAUGAGCUUAUCAACACAUUCAUAGCACCUCGCAGUCUUCCAGCAAAUGCAAGCCUGCAGCGCCCCCUGGUGGUCAGGAAGAUACAGGCGUUCUGUGGGCCGUUCAGCACCAAAGUGGCAAGCAGGUGUUCCAAUGCAUCUCUAAAUAGUAAAACUGUUUGACCUGUCAGGCGGGAGUCACACCCCUGACUGUCAUAGAUGCAUAGUACAUAGAGCCAGGGUAGCUCUUAGAAAUUUUAGUAAAUUUUUCUUUAAGCACAUGUUUCCCUUAGCAUGGUGCCUGUGAUCCCUCUCCACACACACCGCCCUGCUUAUAAUCUCACCACUGGGCAGCUGCCAUGUGUGUAGAUGGAAUCACUUGUACCUUCAAUGUUGUG